AUGGUGAACCUCAAUGUGACAGCAUCUAAGGGCGAUCUAGUGUCGAGGAACCUUGAUCCGGUUGUGGCUAAGACCGAUUCGGCAAUGAGAAACCAUUAUUCGACAGCGGUAAAAGGCCGAUUCUUCACCAGGGAAUCUCGAUUUGCAGUUGUUGAGAUCGAUUCUAUGCUAAGGAACCUCAAUCUAGUGGCGCCAAAGAUUGGUUUGACACCAGGGAACCUCGAUCUGGUGGUGGUGGGGGCUGAUUUGGCGACGGCUCAGCUACCCACAGGAGCACACAAUUGA